AUGUACUGGACGAGUGCACUCAAGGCCAGUUCGGGGACUGUUCUGGACAGAGUUCUCCACUUGAGUUCACUCGAUUUGCCGCUUCUUGAUGGUAAUGCAGAUGAUGUUGUAGCUCAUUGGUUCCAGUUCAACACGGGAUCGGCCUUUAAAACAGACCCAAACGAUCCCGAAAUCAGGCAACAAAGUCAAGAGCGAAAGAGUAUUUACGUGGACGUUAUCCAAAAUAGCCCCAACAUGGAUUUUUCAGUUACUGGUGUUUAUGCUUUGAUCAGGUAUUUGAAGUCGACUGAUCAUUCGCUGAAUGUGACGACUGGAUGGCAGGACUAUGGUCAAACUGAUGAAGAUGACUGGCAUUAUCAAACUCUGCUAGGGCUUGAAAGUCUUUUAGUACAACGCAUCUCCUAG